AUGAACUCGCGGUGCCCGCUCACUUGCCAGACGGAUGCCGUCUGGCUCAUCAACGCCGUCAUCGUACCUGGGGAACAGGCCGAGGUGGAGGGGAUGCCGGCCAGCAGUGGUGUAUUCGAGCGAUGGCAAGGGCAGUGCUUGCGUGAGGUGGUGGCUACAGGGGGUCCACGGGUCCCUGGCAGGCAGAGACAGGCGGUGGGGGCUGGUGUGGUGUUGAUGAUGUGCGAACAGCCAAUAAAUUCCCCGGCAUCUUGGCAGCCGCAAGCACAUGUGAAGGAAGAGGCGUUUUUUGCUGACGGGGUUGGGCUGGCGCUGCAGGAUGCAGGGCGCAUGGCGGCACGACGGGCGGCUUGGAUCUGGUGUAACGGCGUCAAGCGAUAG